UAAGAAUAUCUGACAUGUCCUCCACGUGGCUAUCGACCGAGGGUGACAAGUAAGCAAAGGGCGGCGCACCAAACAGACAACAAGAGUUGGAACAUAUACUGUUUGUUAAUGAAAUAAGAGAGAGGGGGGGGGGGGGGGGUGGCCAAAAGGAGAAGAAACUAUUGGAUAGUGUAAAGUUUAGUUUUUUUUUUUUUUUUUUUUUUUUUUUUUUUUUUUCUUUUUAAUCCAUUUUAACCUUUAUUUCAAGGGUUUUACUGUUAAGAUAACAUAGGAUACAUAGAUGUUGAUUUAUAUUAAAGGUAAUUGAGGUGUAAGUCUUAUCGAGUCAGAACCUCACACAGGUUAAUAUAAUGCGAGUUAACAGGACAUGUCCAUUAUUAAUUAGAAGGGGUGUGGGGCGAGGGAGCUGAGGGUAUGGUUGGGUAUGUAAGAGAAUUUUUUUCCCAGGGAUAUAAUGUUUAAUGUAGUUUAAUAGUUGUGAGAUGCAAAUCUUUCCACUAAGUUAUACUCUAUCCGGUAACGUAAAAUGUUGACAGGAGGGAGUUUAUGUAUAUAACUAUAUAAGAGAAAGGAUGUAUAGUCUUGAAACACAAAAUUUACGGUGGAAGUUAAAAGAAAGGCAAUUUGGAGAGAGAGAGAGAGAGAGAGAAAAAGGGGGGUGGCGUGAAAAAGAUUAGGGUGAGACGCCGUCCAAAAUAUAUAAGUAAAAGGCUUAGAGUAAUCUGCUAACCCCAUGCGUAAUUGAUAACUACACCUCAUCUCUUUCACCUUCCUCUUUUUUACUACUUACAAACCUAUCCUCCACGUUUAUAUAUAUAUAUAUACAUUGUUCUUUUUCUCCAAGACAUAUUUUUAUUCAUCAUCUCUAAGCUAAGCUUGCUAGCUAGGUACCUUGCUCUCACAUAUAUUGAUCAAGUCGGAAUAACGGAGUUAAUUAGAUCAUCAUAAUCAUUCACCGCGAUUCAAAUAGAGAAGAGGAGGAGGAAGAAGACAAGAUUACUCUAAGCUAGGACAACAUAUACAAAUUUCAUUCAAUUCUUUGAAGAGGAAAUGAAUCAUACCGAAUUAUGUGUUCCACCGGGAUUUAGAUUUCAUCCCACAGAAGAAGAAUUAGUGGGGUACUAUCUCAAGGGAAAGGUCAACUCCCUCAAAUUCGAUCGAGAUGUCAUCAUUGAAAUUGAUCUUUACAGGAUGGAACCUUGGGACAUCCAAGAUAAAUGCAAGUUGGGAUAUGAUGAACGUAAUGAAUGGUACUUCUUCAGCCACAAAGACAGGAAGUACCCUACCGGAUCUCGUACAAACAGGGCCACGGCAGCCGGAUUUUGGAAGGCUACAGGGAGAGAUAAGGCGGUGUUAUCCAAGAAUAACAUCAUAGGGAUGAGAAAGACCCUUGUCUUCUAUAAAGGACGUGCCCCUAAUGGCAGGAAAACUGAUUGGAUCAUGCAUGAAUAUCGUCUUCAAACUUCGGAACAUGCUCCUCCUCAGGAAGAAGGAUGGGUGGUAUGCCGAGCAUUCAAGAAACCAAGUCCAAGUCACAAGCAAGGAUUUGAAGCAUGGAGUCAUCAUCAAAAUCAGUACUACUACAUGAGAAGUAACAACUAUGAUAGACACAUUGGUUCUCCAUCAAUUCCUGAUACAUCAAGCCCUAAUACCGAUCCAUCCGAUUCUAUAAACCAAUGUCACACAAACUUCCACAACCCGCAAUCACAACCUAUGCAGCAGCUUCCUUACACUAAUUUCAACCCGGAAUUGAUCAUCGAAAACCAACUGAUCAUCGACCUCCCUCGAUUGGAUAGUCCGUCUCUUUCGACAAGCUUUGCAACAAAAGAAGCAUAUGAACAUCAUCAACAAAGUGGUGGAAUAGUUAACGAGGAACAUCAUCAUAAUGACCAUGAGCGUAGCAACAAGUGGGAAAUAUUGGAUAAUUUGCUAGGAAAUUCAUCAUCAUUUUCAAAUAAUGAUCUACCAAACAUGCACUUAGUCCCUCAUGAUUAUGAACUAGAGGUUCAGAAUCAACUUGGAAGUUUUCUCGAAUGCUUUCCGAACUUAUAGCAAAGCUCAAUUCAUCCAUAAUAUUUCAACUACCAACAAAAAAAAAAGGAAAAAACAAAAAACAAAUAUAUUGAUAUAAAUAUAUACUGUGUUUUAGACAAAUUUUCAAGUGUGUUUCAAAAAAAAAAAAAAAAAAAAAAAAGACAAAAUUUCAUGUGCAUGUUAAUAAGGCAUGCUAUAUAUUAUUCCAAAUGUAACUUCUCUUUCUACCUUUUUUUUUUUUUUUUUUUUUUUUACUAAUUGUAUUCUCAUGUAAAGUUAAUUAGUAGGGUUUAUUGAACUCAUCAAACCCCUAAAUUUAUCCAAGUUUCUAAUGUGAUUAGUAAAAUGGCUUACGUGCUAUGCUAAUAAUCGAUGCGCACAUAUAUCUAAACUGCAAUUUCUAUCUUACUCCUGCAAUAUCAUGUACAAUGUACUCUAAAUUUAUAAAUUUAUGUUAUUUUGAU